AUGACUCUGAAGAAGUACUUUGUGAAGGCUCUCCAUCGCCUCCAAAAGGGCCCUGGAUACACCUACCAGGAGCUGCUGGUCUGGUACUGCGACAACACCAACACCCAUGGGCCCAAGCGCAUCAUUUGUGAGGGUCCGAAGAAGAAACUGAUCUGGUUCUUCCUAACUCUGCUGUUCGCCUCGCUGGUGUUCUGGCAGUGGGGAAUCCUCAUCAACACCUACCUGUCCUACAAUGUUACAGCCUCUCUGGCCAUCGGCUUCAAGACCUUGACCUUCCCCGCUGUUACCAUCUGCAAUGCAAGUCCCUUCCGGUAUUCUAAGGUGAAGCCCUACCUGAAAGAUUUGGAUGUGCUCACUGAGGCAGCCCUUGAAAGGAUCCUGCAGCCUCUUCAGGAGAAUGCCUCAGCGAGCCCUGCAGUGAAUCUAAGCGAGAAGCUCAACUUGCAGCUCUGGAACCAGAUCCCCCUGGUCCUGAUUGACGACAGUGACGCGGCUCAUCCGGUCGUCCGUGACAUUCUUGGGAACGGCUCUCUUGGCCUGGGAGGGCACCACAACUACUCCUCUUUUGGCAACCCGGAAGCGAGGAGGUACAAGCUGGCUCUGAAACUGUGCACACACCUCACCCCCCACUGCUUCUACCGGAAGUUCACCAGCGCGGCCCAGGCGGUGAGCGAGUGGUACAUCCUGCAGUCUACCAGCAUCUUGUCCAAAGUGCCAUUGAGCAAAAGGAUCGAAAUGGGCUACCAGGCAGAGGACAUGAUCUUGGCAUGUCUGUAUGGAGCUGAGCCUUGCAAUCACAGAAACUUCACCCACCUCUACCACCCGGACCACGGCAACUGCUACGUCUUCAACUGGGGGGUGGAGAAGGAGCCCCUCGUCUCCUCCAAUCCGGGGGCAGAGUUUGGGCUGAAGCUGAUCCUGGAUAUCAGCCAGAAGGACUACAUCCCCUUCCUCACCGCCACGGCCGGAGCCCGGCUGAUGCUGCACGAGCAGAGGAGCUUCCCUUUCCUGAAGGAUCAGGGCAUCUACGCCAUGUCAGGGACUGAGACCUCCAUUGGUGUCCUGGUGGAUGAACUGGAGCGGAUGGGCUCUCCCUACAGUGACUGCACCCUCAACGGGUCCGACAUUCCAGUGAGGAACCUCUACGAGGACUACGCUACUACGCAGGCCUGCCUGCGCUCCUGCUUCCAAGCCAAGAUGGUGAAGAUCUGCCAGUGUGCCCACUACUCCUACCCGCUGCCCGAAGGGGCCUAUUACUGUAACAACGAGGAUUAUCCCGACUGGGCCUACUGCUACUCCAUCCUGCGCACCAGCCAGGAGCAUCGGCAGACGUGCAUCCAAUCUUGCAAGGAGACCUGCAACAACACCCAGUACAAGAUGACCAUUUCCAUGGCGGACUGGCCCUCCGAAGCUUCAGAGGACUGGAUUUUCCAUAUUUUAUCUUACGAAAGAGACACGUCGACCAAAGUGACCCUGGACAGAAACGGAAUCAUCAAGCUCAGCAUCUACUUCCAGGAGUACAACUACCGCACCAUCUCAGAGUCUGCAGCAACAACUAUUGUCUGGCUCCUCUCCAGCCUUGGUGGACAGUUUGGCUUCUGGAUGGGGGGCUCCGUCUUGUGCCUCAUUGAGUUCGGGGAGAUCCUCAUUGACUUUGUCUGGAUCAGUGUCCUGAAGCUGAUCGCCUGGGGCAAGGGGCUGAAGUGGAAGCCAGCCCCCAGGCCCCCUGAUGCCCUCCCAUCCAUCUGCGAGAAAGUGGAGGCCUACACCAACCUGGGCUUCUGUGGGGAGGAGGAGGAGGAGAAGGCAGCGGCUGGGAGCCUGGGCGACAGGCCCCCAGAUGCUCAAGGGGCUGGCUCUGAGCCCGGCACUCCACCCCCCAAGUAUGACUCGCUUCGGGUGCUCCCUGUGGAUCUGCUGGUGCCAGACAGCGAUGAGGAAGAAGCUCCUGGGGCGGACACCAAGAGCGAGUGA